AUGGAAAAUCAACAAGAUCAAAUUAUCAGACUCAUCAACUUCACAACGGUUGCGUAUAAAUAUGUUAAGGAUAGUGACAACCAAAAAUUCAUAGCUAAAAAAUUCUCAGACAUUCAAGAAAAGCUAGCAGAAAAAAGUAAGACGAUUCCCGAUAACCAGAUAUCCAACAUCUAUCUCAUAAGGGAGUUGUCUAGAAAAUAUUUCAUUGAAACUAAGAACUUACCUCCACCCCAAAAUUCCCAACAAGAAAAGUUAGUAGCUAAGUUGCUAGAGGAAGUAAAUGAAAAACCUCUAUCUACCAAACUCCCUCCCAAGAGACCAACGGAAAUCCCUACACGUGAAAUCAAGCUAGACCCAAAAUUUAUAGUCCCACCCUUCACAACUAAACGUGAACAACCAACUCGUAAGCAAAGUUAUAAAGUUCCAAUGUCAGAACUGAGUAAGGUUUGGAAGGUAACUCAAAAGGAACGUCCAGUACCAAAACCAAGAACUAAGUUACCUCCAAUCCCAAAACCAAUAACUAAGUUACCUCCAAUCCCAAAACCAAGAACCAAGUUACCUCCAAUCCCUACACGAAAACUUAGAACUAAGAUCAAGCUAGCCCCUAAUUUUAUAAUCCCAACUUCCCAACCCCCACCCAAACUUCUCGAGAAUACUAGAUUUGUAAAAGAACUUGAGGAUAUAGUUGAGCCUCUAUCUACAGGUAAAAGGCCAACCUAUAGGAAAGUCUCUAACUCUUUCAAUAACCUAGUAAAGAGGUAUAAAAUUCAAAUUGUAAGCAAUGAUCCGCAGAUUCAAUUAUCAUCAUCACUUCCAUCACUCGAGGAAAUAUUAUCUAAGAAUCUUAUGAUAAUGAAAGGUGUUAAAUAUCAUAUAAAUCUAAAAGUAGAGUUCAUAAAGUCUAAGGGCUGGGAUGGUUAUGAGUUAGCCGACUACAACGCAAAUCAUGUUCCAAAGACAUUACUACUUGGAAGUAACAUAGAAGAAUCACUCCAAGAGGCAAUAGCCCUGGUUUCUCAACGGGUUGAAGGUUUCAUUGCAAGAGGAAGUGGGUGGUCUAUAAAUCAACUUCCAACUAUGAAUAUAGUAGUCAACACAUAUGCUCCACUUGAAGGCUCAUCAUAUAUGGAUUUACCUAAGUCACUCCAAAAGCCAGCGUUAGGUUUGAAUAACAUUUUUAAUAAAGAUGACAACGAAUGUUUCAGGUGGUCACAUGUAAGAUAUGUUAAUCCAACCAAACGAAACCCUAAACGUAUAACCAAAGAGGAUAAAGAAGUUGUUAAAUCAUUAAAUUACGACGGUGUUACCUUUCCAGUGUCUAUAGACCAGAUUCCCCGUAUAGAGUCACAGAACAACAUCAACAUAAAUGUUAUUGGUCAUAAGACAGGUAAAGUGUUCUAUCCAAUUGUUGUGUCAAAGAACACGUUCAAGGAUACAAUGACCCUCUUACUUCUAACGAGUGAUGAAG